GCUGCCCUAGCUGCAGAAAACCAGGUCGUCGACGCCAUCAACCAUGGCGAGGUGACCACCGUGAUCAGCCAUGCCACCCACCCCGACCCGGAGAAGUUGAACUACGAGGUCGACACCACGACCAUCGGCCACGACGAGGACUAUCCCGCUCCCACGGACGCGGAGCUGAGCAGCCUGCGCAAGAUCCCCGCCAACCUGCCCAUCGUGGCCUACUCGCUCUGUCUGGUCGAGUUCGCCGAGCGUGCCUCCUACUACGGUGCCCAGACGGUGUUUUCCAACUUCAUCGAAUUCCCGCUGCCCAAAGGUGGUAACGGGGCUGGUGCUCCCCCACGGGGCACGCAAGAGACCGCCGGUGCCCUGAACAUGGGACUGCAGGCGAGUGAUGCUUUGGUGCUGCUGUUCCAGUUCCUGGCCUACGUGAUUCCCAUCUUCGGAGGAUGGUGGGCCGACGUCCACAUCGGCCGGUACAAAGCGAUCUGCAUCGGGGUGGCCAUCUGCGGUGUGGCGCACAUCAUCCAGAUCAUCGGGGCGAUCCCGACCGUCCUGCAGCAGGGCCAGUCGCACGCGGCGCCGCCGUUCAUCAUCGGGCUGCUGAUGCUGGCGUUCGGGGCGGGAGUGUUCAAGCCCAACAUCGCGCCCACGGUGCUGGACCAGUUCCGCCACCAGAAGCAGUACACCAAGACGCUCAAGUCCGGGGAGAAGGUGAUCGUCGACCCGGAGAUGACGGCGACGCGCACGAUGCUGAUCUUCUACGGGGUGGUCAACGUCGGCGCCUUCUACAUGCUGGCCACGACCUACGCCGAGAAGUACGUGGGCUACUGGCUGGCCUUCCUGCUGGCGGGCUUGGUCUACUUCAUCCUGCCGGUCGUGCUGGCCCUCGUCUACAAGAAGACCUACCGGCUGCCGCCCAGCGGGAACUCGGAGCUGGGCCAGGCCGUCAAGAUCACCAUGACCGCGCUGCGCGAGAACAAGUUCCAGGUGUGGCGCAAGAACUUCUUCGACGCCGCCAAGCCCAGCGUCCUGGCGGCCAAGGGGAUUACCGUGAGCUGGUCGGAUAAGUUGGUCGACGAUGUGCGGAAA